AUGCCAAGGAGUACGGCGAUCGACAACGAAACGGUCGGCCUUGGAACGUUCCGGGCCAUUUACUGUUACCGGUCCAUCUCUAUGAAACUGCCGGCGCUCCCACCGAUCCGACGUGAUAGUGACGAGACUGCUAAAUACUUGUGUUUAACAGAUAUCUCUUCUUUCUUUCAGGUGACCCACAAGACUUCAGGCAAAGUGAUGGUUCUGAAAAUGAAUCAGCAGAGGGCGAACCGUCCCAACAUGCUACGGGAGGUUCAGCUCAUGAACAAGUUGAAACAUCCCUACAUCCUUGGAUUUAUGGGUGCAUGCGUCCACGAGGGUCAGCUACACGCUCUCACGGAGUACAUGGAGGGCGGGUCGCUGGAACAGCUUAUCCUCGGGAGGCCGCUGCAGCCGUUGCCGCAGUCAUUGAGAAUUUCCUUGGCCACUGACGUCGCCGAGGGGAUGAAGUACCUGCAUUCGUUAGGAGUCUUCCAUAGGGACCUUACUACUAAGAAUGUAUUAUUAAGAAAGACUGGAGAUGGCGAGUACACCGCCGUCGUAGCAGACUUCGGUUUAGCUGCUAGAAUACCUCAUCCGAUUAACGGUUAUCGGUUACCGAGCGUCGGCUCGCCGUGGUGGAUGUCACCAGAGUGUCUACGAGGCCGGUGGUACGACAACCGCUCAGACAUAUUCUCGUACGGAAUUAUUUUGUGCCAGCUUAUAGCGAGGGUGGAUGCCGAUCCAGAUGUAUUGCCACGGACAGACAAUUUCGGCCUCAACUACAUGGCAUUCGUCGAGCUUUGCGACGAAGAUACCGUACCAGAAUUUCUUCGGCUCGCUUUCAAUUGCUGCAUUUACGAGCCCAAAGCUCGGCCGCUAUUCCCGGAGAUAGUGAGCAAACUCGCCGAGGUGAAGGAGGGCCUCGACGACGCCGCGUGGGAGUGUCACACGCCCAACAACUCUUACGACAGCGAGGAGGCGGACUCGUCCGGGCCGCGCUCGUGCCCCGGGCUGUCCGCGUGGCGCCGGCCGCAGCGCGUGCGCUCCGAGGGCGGCGCGCACGCGCACCGGCGCUCGCUGUCGGAGCUGGAGUGGGCGUGGCGCGGGCCGGCCGCCGCGCCGCCGCACCGCUCGGCCGGCGCGCUGGCCGCGCCCCCGCCCGCGCCGCCGCGCCUGCAGCGCCUGCAGCGCCUGGCGCACAUCAUGCUGCUGCGCGACACGCACGCCGCGCCCGCGCCCGCGCGCCGCGCGCUGCACACCUUCCGCGGCGUGCACAAGAUCCUGGAGCCCGCGCCCGCGCGCUCGCCGCCGCGCUGCUCCAGCGGCGACGCGCCGCCCGAGCCGCCGCGCGACCUGCCCCCGGAGCCGCGCUGCGCCUCGCUGCCGCCCUCGCCGACCUUCGCCCGCCGCGCGCCCUUCGACGACGCGCCGCCGCCGAAACUGGACUACCCGAAGAGCGACUCGAGCGUCGAGCUCCGCCGGCGCGCCUCCUGCGAGAGCGGCAUCUUCUCGGUCGCCAACGAGGACCUGUGCGCGCCGCCGAGCCUCGACGCCGUGUGCCCGUGCUCGCUGAUGGGCUGCCGGCGCUGCCGCUGGUGGCGGCGCGACGCGGCCGAGCGCGACGACGAGCCGGACGGCGAGCGGCGCCUGCGCGUGUGCGCCGACUGCCUGCUGGUGUACGAGCGCCUGCUGCGCCGCCGCCCCGCGCCGCCCGACGACUCGGCGCUGUCCACCGCCGUCAGCUCGCUGCGGAGCCUCGACGACGAGGUGGAGGCGGGCUGGUCGCCCUUCCUGUGCGAGGGCGCGGCGGAGGAGCGCGAGGCGCACGUGCUGGCGCGCUGCUGCUGCGCGGCGGGGCGCGCGGGCUGCGGCGCGCGCGCGCUGCACGCCUUCCCCGCGCACCUGCUGGCCGCCUGCAAGCGCACCUCCAGCGUCUACACGGACAGCUCCGAGGACGUCGCCUCGCUGGGCUCCGACAGCCUCUACGACGACCGCGUCCCGCGCCACGUGCGCUCCGCUCAGAUCUCGAAGAUCGUCGACUACUUCGAGCGGAAGGGCGCCGACUUCCGGUGCGACGCGUUCAAGGGGCAGCGGCUGAAGGUGGGUGGGUUCGGGCCGACGAUGCUCGGCAAGGAGUACUUCGUGGACGUGAAGCACCGCGGCACGCCCCCGAGCGCGCCGGGCGGCGCCCCGGGCGCCCCGGGCGGGACGCGCGCCGCGCAGCGCCUCAUGAUCUGCGAGGGCGCGGUGCGUUCGAAACUGCCGCUCUUCGAUAAGAAAUCGUAA